CGGCGCUGCGCGUGGCCGGCGAGCAGCGGCGCAGCUGCGAGAACGUGGCGCGCCACGCGCUCAGCCGACUGGAGCGUGGGGUCGGUGCGUCAGAGGACGGCGGCAGCCAGACCACCAGCACAACCUCGUCAUCGUCCAGUGGGGUCGACGUGGACGGCGCGCGGUCGGACGAGGCGCGCGUGCGCCAGCACAUCCAGCGGCUGAAGGUGGAGCGGGCCAUGGUGGCGCGCACGGCCGUCCGGCUCGAGUCCACGUGCCACCCGGCGCCGGCGCAACGGCCCCUGACGCCGGCCGCCGCGCAGCGGCUCGACCUCGAGCACGCCGUCCUUAUGCAGGAGCUGAUGGCACUGCGCGAGGAGCGGGCCGAGCUGCGUUCACGCCUGUUCCUGUCGGAGCGCGAGAAGACCGGGCUGGAGCUGCAGUUGGGCGCGCGGGUGGCCAGUGAGCGGGCGCUGCGAGUCCAGCUGGAGCAGCUGCGCGCCGAGCCUGCCGCAGAGGUGGCGGCCGGAGCGGACUCGAGCGACUCGGCGGGCUCCGGCAGCGGCGUGUCGCCCAGUGGACGCCGGCGCUCGGCGCAGGCCCGGCUGCGCCAGCUCAGCGCCAGCCUGGACGAGGUGACGCGCGCCUCCGAGCGGCGGCAGCAGCACGCCGAACAGUUCAUCGCCGAACUGAAGCGCGCCAACGGUGCCCUCGCCGAUGCCCUGGAGAAGACAAAGAGAAAGUAUCAGGUGAAGCUGAAGCGGCUGGAGCAACAGAUGCUGCAGAUUGUCGAGCGCCACUCGUCUCAGCACCUGCGGAACCUGAAGCAGAAGCCACAAACGGAUGACUCCGGCGUGUGCUCGGGUGCCGGGUCGGCCGCGGAGCCAGCGACGUGUCCUGCGCCGUCACGACUGCCCGUCUUGUCGCCGGCGCACCGCUCCCUCUCGCCGGCGACGACGUCCCGCGUGACGUCACCGGCGCACAUGGCUCGCCUGGUGUCGUCUCCCACGCCGCCGGCCGUGUCGUCGCCGGCGGCUCGAACCGCAAGUCCGGCUGUGCCGCCCAGACCGACGCCGGCGCGGGCGCCGACAGCCGGGCCGCCGCCGCUGUCGCCGCGUCCACCGGCCGCCGGUCGUCCCUGAGUGCGGUGGGCCGGCUCCCCACGCCGAGCCACGGGCCCCGGCCGUACAGAACUAGCGCUGUCUUUGUGGACAGGUGUGCCAUCGCAUUUUGAUGCCUCUGUGGAGUGGGGGGGGGGGGGGGGCAAGAGGUUAAUUUCUUCGCCAUCUGGAUCUGAGCUGGCCACUCUUCUCCUGGCCAGCAGACGUCGCUGUCUGGUUUCCGUUGAUCUUGCUUCGGGUUUGAUCUCUCCAGGUUAUUUUUUAAUGAUUGACACUCGGAGCUGAAGGGAACUCGGUGCUGGUUUCGUCUCUAUCCCAUUGUAUUCCAGGCGGCCUGUUGUGUGAUUAUGUCGCCGCAUUGCGGCGCAGCGGCGGUCGCCGAGCCAAGCUCGACAGUACCGUCGGAAGUGCCGCCCUGUACUGUCGACUUGAGAGCUUACCAUGCAUCUCCUAGAUCGUAGCGUAUCAGCCAUGUGCCUGCAGUAUGUGCCAUACGGGCUGUCGCCGGGUGGGCAUAGCCAGAACCGAUCUCGUCGAUCCGUGUCCUUGCGCUGGUCGGCUCGGGGGGAGCGUUCCCCGUUGUCCGGCCGGUCUCAGUCGUCGGCGUAUUCGCCCGCUACCGUUUUUGGAGCCGGCCGGCGUGCACGGGCUGCGUCGGCUGGCGCUGCGCUGCCAGGCUGGCCGUCACCUGCCACAGUAUGGCCGGGUGACUGAUGACGGUGGACUGAGAGCAUCACGGUGGCCGGUGGCCGCGACAGUCUACCGGAUGCGUCUGCGCACCUGCGCUGAUGAAGUGGCUGCCACCAGUUGUUUGCGCUGGUGGCGCCUGAGACGGCCGCUCUGUAUCCUGAGCGCCGGGCCGCGCGCGCUCGCCAGUGUCGCCCCUCUGUUGACCACCAGCCGUCCAGACCAGGCAGACAGCGCCCCUGCGCCGACCGUCUCCUCCCCUUUGGCGGCUUACGUGUCGCGAUGGUCACUGCAGUGGCGCUCACCGUCGGCCGUUUCGUGGAACCCACGAGGCGAGCGUACGCUAACGGCCCUGCCCUUGAGCCGUGGUUGCAGUGUUCGUGGUAUCCGUCUUUUAAGUCACAUAGUGCCAUUAUACAAGGCUUUCCGUUCGAUGACGGUGACGGCUGAACAUGUUUUGUUUUUCGACUGAUCUUGGAACGUGCCAUUUUGCAGUGUAUCGAAUAGUUAUUCGCAUUUCGGAAAAUGCGUCAAUGACCGCGGCGCAUGGCAGUCAGCCUUGCUGCAUGUAGACAGUAGCUGCUUUUGACAGCCCGGUGAAGAAAAAAAUCGCGAGACUCCUUUCUAGCGAUACAGACAUGUAGCAGGACCACUAUUUUUACAGCGUAAGCCCGAUGGCAACGUUCAGAAGCUAUUGAUGGUUGGCUCCGAAAGUCGGCGGCAUGCUUAUGUGAUGUAAGCGGAGCUAUUAAAUAAGGUUCAACCGUUGCAAGUGACCGAAAUACAGUGCAAAUUG